AUGAUUUUAUCGAGAGAAGAUAGCUCCUACGAGCUCUACGACUACAACCCCUCCGUUGCCGCUGCCGCCAUCUUCGUCCUGCUCUUCCUAGCAACAACCGCCUGUCAUGUCUACCAAUUAGCUCGAGCGCACGCCUGGUACUUCAUCUGCUUCAUACUCGGUGGAAUCUUCGAAAUCAUCGGGUAUAUCGCGCGCGCUGAAGCGCACAACAACACAAGCAACGUCACCAUCUUCACCAUCCAUACACUCUUUAUUCUCCUAGCGCCUCCUCUCUACGCAUCCACUUUGUACAUGGCCCUCAGCCGGAUGAUUUUCUACCUCGACAAAGAAGAUCUCAGCAUCGUCCCGACGCGCUGGCUUACCGUGAUUUUCGUCGCGGGAGACAUAGUAUCCUUCCUCAUCCAGGGAGCAGGCGGCGUAAUUAUGACCCACACAACGACCGACCCAUCCGCCCGCACAACCGGCCAAAACGUCAUCAUCGCCGGCCUCGUCAUCCAACUCAUCUUCUUCUCCGUGUUCUUCAUUGUCGCUGCCGCCUUCCACUACCGCAUCCACCGCAGCCCGAGCGGCAAAUCCAUCUCCUCGUGCAUUGCCACCGACGGCUGGUUUCACGCCACCUGGGAAACCACGCUGCUGGCUCUGUACGUCGCCAGCGCGAUGAUCCUGGUGCGCUCGGUCGACCGGCUGGUCGAGUACGCGAGCGCCGGGGCCACGGAGAGAGAUGGGUAUCUUGGACGGCAUGAGGCGUUCGCAUAUGUCUUUGAUGCGCUGCCGAUGUGGUUGGGAAUGGUGUUUAUGGCGGUGUGGCAUCCAUCGCGGGUGCUGCUGUUCAAUCGCAAGGUGUAUCAAAUGGAUACGGCUUUCAAUGAGGAGGGGAAUGAUGUGCAGAUGAGUAAGAUCUUUCUGGGGUGAUUGGCGUAAUGACUGGUCGAUGUGCAAUAUGACGCUGUACGAUAAUGCCAUGUGCUCUCAAGGAGGAGUAGGUAUAGUUAGUUGUCACUUUUGGGCGUUGGGGGCCUGUUCGGAAAACAUGAAUUGUAUGCCCUCGGAUGUAUAUU